UGGUAGAGUUAUCUUUUAAAGUAGUGUUUUAAGAAAAGUUUUGUAUUUUAGAGCAGCAUAAAUUUUAAACUAUUUGUGAUAGUCUUUUCAUGAUGACCUGUGUCAAGCGAUGUUUUUUAGUGGGUAUAUUUACCAUCUCAUUGAUUCUCAUUAAAUUUGGAAGUGGAAUUCAUCCUGAAACUAUAAAUGAAUUGGAAAGAGCUGAAAAUAUUCAUAAACACAACUUUCGGAAUCGUAAGCUACUGAACUAUUUGUCCCAAAAUAAUAGAGAACACGCGACAGAAACAAUAACUGUAGAUGAAAAAAAUGUUAAAGAAAUUUCCUCAGAUUCACCAGAAAACACUUUGAACUCGGUUUCGACAAAGAGACAUGAAGACAAAGUAUCUUCUGAAAGAGAAUAUUUGCAAUGGAAAUUAAACCUGAAUGUUUCAAAGAUUGGGAUACCAGACAAAAGACAACCAAAUGAAGGUAUUUACCACUCAGAAGUGAAACCUGAGAGGUAUUUAGGAAUGUCUAUGUAUCUGGAGGGCAAAAGCUCUAAGGAAACUGACGAAUUACACAACACAUGGGGAUCGGUUGGAAACUUUCUUAAAUCCCUUUUCGGCAAUGAUAUCGAUGCAUUAGUGGAUAAUAACCAGAAGGUUGAUUUUAAUAUCCAGACUACAAAAAAUACUGAUACAGAUAUUCAAACACAAAUUAAUUCUCCAACUAAAAUUAACGUACAAGCUCUUAAUGACACCAAGAUAGUGGCUUCAUCUUCUCAGUUCCCAAUUGAAGAACAUUCCGUAGCAAAUGAAGAGCUUCAUACAGUAAGAGGCAAAGAAGGAAAGUUCCUUCUUGAGCUCUUUGGACUUGGAGGUUCACAGACGUCAAGUUCUUUAACGGAAUUAGAAAAAACCUUAGAUAUUUCUGAUGAUAAAAAUCAAAUUGAUACUAAUGUAUCUACAAAAAAUACUUUAAAUUCAUUUGAAACUGUGACAGAAAGCGAAGAAAUGAAGGUUUCAGAUUCAAUCACAUCAGACCCACAUAAGACGAGAUCAUUUAACAGUAUAACCAAAAGUUCUGAAUUUUUCGAAUCAUCCCCAUUUUCUGAACAAAGCACAGGAAGCCCAAGCAAAGAAGCACUUGAUUUAUUAUCCAGCGAUAUAGGUUUUAUGACAAAACAUGCUGUCUUCACAAAUGCAACAGAAAUAACAGAAACAAAUACAGCAAAGACUAUAAAACCUUUACUUGAUAAAAUUUCGGAAUUUGUCGAUUCGAGAAAAAUUGAAGAUAUUACCGAGACUAAUGCAGAUUUCUUUCUAUCCAGUUUCUCAAAUUCAUCAAAUAUUUCGCCAAGUGUAUCUGAUAGUGCAGAAACAAUACUACCGGGAUUAAUUAUGUUCAGCGAUUUGAAUGGUACAUUGACUGAAUUUGCAACAUCACAGCCAGUAUUUAACCGUAAUUCCUUGCAUUUGGACCAAAACUUGGAAACGUUUGAAAAUUGUUCCGCAUGCGAAUUUUUAGGUGUAGAUAAAAGUGGUAUUGAUACCCUUUCUCAAAAUGAACCUUCCUCUACAGCUACUGCAGUUUCGAGAUCCGAAAAGUAUGAUGCUUUAGGAAGCACAUUCACUACAGCAGAGCUGGAAAUGUAUUGUGUAGAUUUGAUAACUAGAAUAGAAAACAAAUCAAAAUUGAGGAAUAUACUUAGGGCUAGAAAAUCUAGUCUUGAAGAAAAUAUAAUUUUCGAAGAGGAAGCAGCAUUUCAGGAAAAAGCCUCUUCGAGUCCUUCAGUAGCACCUUCUGAUGAGCCUACUAACUUCUUCAUUAAUCUUCUCAUUGCCAUUGCUGGUAGAAAUAAACCAACCCAAACUAAGACUUCAGCCAAACCAGAGGAGGUAGCGACAGAUUCAGCAUCCACAAGUGAAAGCGAAAAUUCUAGAUUUUUCAAUUUCAAUAAUUUGUUUGGAGGACUUGGCAGUGGUAGAUCAAUUAACGAAGACCUUGAAGAAAAUAUGUUUACUGAUACUGAUAUUAAGCUGCCGAGUUUCGUUCAAGAAAAUAAAAAUGCACCUUCAUUAUCAGACUGCGGAAAUUUUUUCAAAGAAAAGCGAAAUCAAGGAGUGUUUCCAAAGCCUAAUCUUAUAGAUAUUAUGGCCCAUCCUAAUCUGCAAUCAGAAUAUAUAUCUACUACAAUAAUUUCAGGGAUUCAAGAGCAGCAAGCAGAUUUUGUGAUUGAUUUUUUAGAAACAAAUAUGAGAGAUAUUGUGGCUAAGCCGUUGGCACUCGGGGAAGCGAGUUCUGAUGCCUCAUUCAAUUUUGACAGCAAAGAUGAUACGAAAAAUACUUUCGAACAAAUAUUUAAAGAACUAAAUUCAAGGCAAGAAACAACCACUGACGACUUGGUUCUUUUACUUCGAAGUGAAAAUGAAUUUUCUCUUAAAAACCCGACAAAAAACGUUUCAGAAUUCUUUAUUGAAACUAGCACGGAAAAAAUCAUUGGAGAUAAAGAUACAAUUAAUAAUCAAACUCAGGAAAGAAUAUUUAACAUUUUUUUUGGUAGUGGAGAUUCUCGUAAUUUAAUUUCGGGAAAUAUAGAUGAAAGGGAUAAAACGACAGUUACGGAAGAAGCUAAAACUGCAUUUUCAGUUCCUGCAAGAAGUGAAAUUCCAGUUGGAAAGGAAGCAUCUACAGUUACGUCAAACUUGCAUACUGAGGAUAAGGAGGAUUUAAAAGAUGUUGACACCUUUAAAACAAAAGAUGCCUUUAUGAGUUCUAAGCACACUAGUACUGAAAUUUUCGGAACCAAUGUUUUAAAUGAAGAACGCGUAUCCGUGAAUAGUUCAUUCAACCUUGGCACCGCAAUCAAUGAAGUUACGGCCACAGUUGGUAAUUUAUUUUUAAAAACAAAAGAACCCAAUGAAAUAUUGGAUGAUUUACUUGGGUUUAGAACUGCCGACGUGGAAUUAGAUUUGAAUUCAACUAAUCCUGAAAUUUCGGAUCCUAGAAUUUUUGGGCUUUUAAAUUUAUUUGGCAGCGGAGAUGGAAGAGAACUUCCUGAAACGGAGAGAAGUAAAAAAAUUUCUGUUCAUCCUGAAUGUGUGGAUGAUUGUAUACCUCCUGAAAUAGCGGGUUCUGACUGUGAAGGAGACUGUCUAAAUGAAUUUUCCAAUAGGGAUCAAAAUGAACAAAUUGAUACGCAAGACGAACAUACAAAUUCUGCUCAAGUUGCUUCAGAUAGCACUGGUAUCUUAACACAAAUUAAUAAGCUAUCUGAUGUAGAUGGAUCACAUGAAGAUUGUACGGAACAAAUUCCAGUUAAAGAAUUCGAAAAUAACUCUGAUAAAUUGGAUCAUAGGUUACUGACGGUCUCUGAAGAUAACACCGCAGUAACAUCAGCUGAAGAAUUAGAUACGAUGAAGUUGAAAACACAGAUGUUCAUUGCUGGUAAAGAGGAAUUUGCAAAACAACUUGAUUCAGUUUCAAUAACUUUUCCUACGCCUAUCGAGGAAAACUCAGCAACACCAGAAAUAAAGCAUUCCCGAAUAAUUGGAACAAUUUUUCUGACAGGGAGUGGAGAUAGCCUAUUUUCCGAUAAAGGAGGUCAAAUUAAUAUUGUAGAAGAACCAGCGUUUUCGUCUUUCAUUCCACCUCAGCGAAGAAGGGGACGAUUAUUAGAUGAAACAUCAUUUGGUAUACCGCAGUGUGUUGACUGUGAUACUAAUAUGAGUAAUCAGCCGCAACAAACCGAAGAAUACACUUCGUUACAAGGUCAACUGGAUGUUUCUUCAGAAACUAACGUGGCACAUCAAAAUGUACAAACGAAAAGCCGGUCAGGUAAAAUGUUGGAUGAAACCGGCUUCCUUGAAGAUUUCUCAACGCUGCCAAUAACUAGUAUUCCAAUACCGCAAACUGCUCAGCCAUCUGAUUUCUUCCAAGAUCUCACAACUUCAUUUCCUUCUACUGACAUAGUUCACCAAAAAGUAGAAUUUAAACCUAGAUUCUGUACCAGUGCCAGUCAGUGCAACUUUACGUUGAACGAGAGGUGUCUGUUCACACAUUCUGCACAUAUCUGCAACUGUGGACGUGGAUUUGUAAGGCAUCCUGUGACACAAAUAUGCGAAGCUAAAGUAUCUGUUCAUGCGACGUUAAAACUACCUUUAGAACAAUUCCAUGAAGAUUUGCACGAUACGAAUUCCGAGUUAUAUAAAAGAAUGCGAAAAGAUUCUAUUACUUCGAUGCAAUUAUUAAUGGGCGAGAAUCCAGCCCUUUACGCAACCGUUGUAGAAGUUGAAGUAUCCGGAUUUCAGGAAGGUAGUCUGAUAGUACACUGGGCACUUGUAUUAGCCUCUGAAAAGAAUGAAAGUCUAGCAGAAGUUGUCCACCAAGUAGAAAAACAUUUGAACGAGGCUUCUCGAAACGAAAAACUUCAAGAAAUAAUUCCUCUUAACAUGAAGCAAGCUUCACUGCUGUCAGUAUCUAGUGCGACGGACCCUUGCAAGUACCAAGAGUUAAACUAUUGCAGCAAGUACGCAGAUUGUAUCCGAGAUGACACACACGUUGGUGGUUUCUUGUGCCGUUGUAAAGAAGGAUUUUUGGAUAGAUCAAGUCGCAACUCAAAAUUCUCGGGAGAGGAGUGUGAAGGUUCAUGUACAGCAGACUACUGUGGAGAUCAUGGAGAGUGUCAAAUUACAGAAAAGGGAGAGAAACAUUGUUUGUGCUCUGGCUGGUACUUUGGGGAAAGAUGUCGAAUAUCAGGAGUGGUGAUGAUAGCUAGUUUUUCAGUGGUGAAUGUCCUGAUUGUCUUAUUUGUGUUAUGGCUGAUCAUUUUCUGCAGGCUAGAAAGGCGAAGAAGCAGCAAGUACAAUGGUGAUAGGCGAGACCGAUUCCGCAGAAGUCAGGAAUUCGGUAAUAACUUCGAAGUGUCCUCCAGAGUAGCUGACGCUAUUGCAUUAGCUGAAAGUGGCCCGGCAACAGUUUCCAGGUUCGUGGCCAUUAGCACGCCUGUGCUGCAGGAGCAACGUCCACCAGCCAUAGAAGUUACUGACGCAACAUUAACAGGAUCCUGCGUAAGCAUUGAUGAUUAUGAUUCCACGUUCGACAGGACUCCUUACGAAAACGUAUAUUAUGAAGAAAAUUCAAAAACAACUCCAGUCACCGUUUAAUUUAGAAUAUGUUAAAUUUUAUUGAAAUUUGUUUUAUAGCAUUUAUUUUAGUUGUCUUGUUUUAUCGUUAAAUUUAGUUGAAAAUUUUACUUUUUAUUUUUACAUUUAAUAUUUCCUCGAGUUUUAAUAUUCUUAAUUGAACUUUGUUUUAUCAGCUGAGUUGAUUUGA